AUGGAAGGGGCAACGAAGGAGAGCAAAGAUUAUGUUGUCACUUAUAGGGGUGAAAUUGUGGAAAAUCGGCAUGCAGUUCAUGUUGCAGUUACUGAUGCCGAAGGCGAGCUUCUGUAUGCUGUCGGUGACCCCUCGCGAUUAACUUUGGCCCGAUCUGCUGCAAAACCAGCCCAAGCACUGGCAGUUCUCGAGACAGGCGGUUUUGAUCAAUUUGGAUUUGAUGAUGCGGAUCUUGCAUUGAUGUGCGCAUCACACAGCAGCGAAGAGAGACACAUAUCCCGGGCACUCGCGAUGCUAGCCAAAGUUGAUGCUAGGGAAGAAGACCUCCGAUGUGGAGGCCACACUGCAAUUUCAGAGGCAGUGAAUCGGACAUGGAUCAAAAGUGAAUUCACCCCUACUGCUGUGUGUAACAAUUGUUCGGGAAAGCAUGUUGGCAUGUUAGCUGGCGCUAGGGCAAUCGGUGCUGAGUUGGCCGAUUACCACCUUCCAACACACCCGAUCCAGUUGCGAGUUAAACGUGUGUGUGAGGAACUAUGUGGCUUGGAAGAGGAUACGUUGAAAUGGGGUAUUGAUGGCUGCAACCUCCCGGCGCCUGCUUUGCCUCUCUUCUACAUCGCAAAGAUCUAUGCCUCGAUUGCUGCUGCUGCAGAUUCUACGGAACAAAAAAAUAGCCAGUCUGCUAGAACGCAAGCAUUGGGCCGUACCUUUCGUGCCAUGGUGCAAUAUCCAGAACUAGUUGGCGGCGACGGUCGAUUCUGCACUAUACUCAUGCAUGCAUUCCAGGGUGCUCUCAUCGGCAAAAUCGGGGCAGAGGCCUGUUAUGGAAUGGGAAUACGCGGGUCUGAACAAACCCGUCGGCUUGGGACAGGCGGUGCCAUUGGAAUAUCAGCUAAAAUUGAGGAUGGUAAUAUGCAAAUUCUUUAUUCAACACUGGCAGAAGUCCUCGAACAACUCCAAAUCGGAACACCGGACAUGCGCCAGAAACUUGCAGGCUUUCACCAUCCAAAGAUUUUGAAUACCUCUAGAGUUGUCACGGGCCAUAUCUCUCCUAGAUUCCAUGUCCGCAAAUUAAAAUAG